GGCGGCCGACCGGGAUUGGCCAGCCGGAGUGCCCGUCCGGGGUUAGGUUGGCAGGCCGGCGCGUGCGGCUCUCAGUGAGGGUCCCCGCUGCCGAUGGGCUCGGGUGCGGGAAGCUGGCGGGGGGCUCCGCUGGCCUGGGCUCUGGCCCUGCUGGCCUGGGGCGGGCGGGCCGGGGCGCUGGAGAAUGGGCUGGCCCGGACCCCCACCAUGGGCUGGCUGCACUGGGAGCGCUUCCUGUGCAGCACCGACUGCGCCCGCGAGCCGCUCUCCUGUAUCAGUGAGCAGCUGUUUAUGCAGAUGGCUGACCUGAUGGUGUCAGAUGGCUGGAAGGAUGUAGGCUAUGAGUAUGUCUGUAUUGACGACUGCUGGAUGUCUCUGACCCGAGAUGACCAGGACAGGCUCCAACCUGACCCAGAACGCUUCCCCAGUGGGAUCCGCAAACUGGCAGACUACGUCCAUUCCAAAGGUCUGAAGCUGGGGAUUUAUGGGGAUGUUGGAAACAAAACCUGCGCUGGCUUCCCUGGCAGUUAUGGCUACUAUGACCUUGAUGCCCAAACCUUUGCCGACUGGGGUGUGGACCUGCUGAAGUUCGAUGGCUGUAACUACAGCACACUGGACCAGCUGGCAGAAGGUUACAGGAACAUGUCUCUGGCCCUCAAUAAGACUGGCAGAAGCAUUGUAUACUCUUGUGAAUGGCCUCUCUACAUGAGACCCAUGCAGAAGCCUAAUUACACAGAAAUCAAACACUACUGCAAUCACUGGAGGAACUUUGGUGACAUCUAUGAUGCUUGGAACAGUGUUAAGAAUAUCCUGGAGUGGACUGCUUUACACCAAGACAGCAUUGUGGAUGUUGCUGGGCCAGGGGGCUGGAAUGACCCUGACAUGCUGGUGAUUGGCAACUUUGGAUUGAGCUGGGACCAGCAGCUGACUCAGAUGGCAUUGUGGGCUAUCAUGGCAGCUCCACUGCUCAUGUCCAAUGACCUACGUCAUAUCAGCCCCCAGGCCAAGUGGCUGCUCCAGAACAAAGAUGUGAUUGCCAUCAACCAGGACCCGUGGGGCAAGCAAGGAUACCGUAUCACCAAGGAUAACAACUUUGAGCUCUGGGAGCGGCCUCUGUCAGGGGGUGCCUAUGCUGUGGCUGUGCUGAAUCGGCAGGAGAUUGGAGGACCCAGGAUCUGCAGCUUCUCUACCUCUUUCCUUGGCAAUGGCCUGGCAUGCAACCCUGCAUGCUCCAUCCAGCAGAUCCUCCCCACCAGUGAGGACUGGGGACUACACAACUGGGUCUCGUUCUUGAACAUUGAGGUGAACCCAACGGGUACUGUGCUGCUGAAGGUGGUGGUGAUUGGGGAUUCCCCAGAUCAGAAGCCUGUCAUGAACAUCAACAAAAUACCAUCUCCAGAUAUCUUAUAAUGCAAUAGUGGCCUAAUUCCCCAGGCACCAGAGCUUGCUCCAGUCCUGCCCAUCCACAUCUGUGGGCAAUAAGAGCUGAAGAUCCCAUCCCAGUGAUGGGUGAACUUUACCAAAUUAAUGCUAAUCCAGCAAAAAGUACUGUAAUCUCUCCAUCCUUAUGUUGCAAUUACUGGGAAGAGGGUACCUUUACAUAUCCCUGCUAGAUCUAUCUAAGUCCUGCUCAAUGUAGUUUGUGACCUAACCUUCCUUUCCCUGGGGGCUAAAGGAUUGAGGUAGUCAAUUAGACUGGGUCAGCCUUCUGUAAAGGCUUAAUGGCCUUGGUAGUGGGUGAGGAAAUGCAGAGCAAGGACAUACCAUGUUAGUGAGGUUCUUCAGUGGUGCCAGGACUCAGGAGAAGAGCGCUCCCCUCCUGCCUUAACAGCUUCCUCUCAGGCCAGUGUCACUGAUGUACACCAGCUGCAAAAAAAAAACACACACACAGUCCACCCUCAGACUCCCUCCCUCCCCCCACCCUUUUCCCUAAGGUAGCUCUCACCUUGCUGUAGUGACUCAGUGUUUUAAGCCAGUGCUUUUUAGGCUAUCACUUUCUUGCUGGCUGUCUCCCUUUAAAGGGCAUCCAUGUAGUCUUAUCUCCCACUCACAUGGCUUUCACUUUGUUCUAGGGUUUUUUUAAUCCAUGUUUCUUCAGGAGAGGACAGUCACCGAGCUGCAUUCAGCAGCUUACUGAUUGUCCUGGUGCCAGUAGCUAUAUGUUCCACUGCUGGUUCUGGACUAAAGAAACAGUUUUUGAUGCAAAUGGAUUAAUCAUUAGCCACCCAUAGGUAGAGGAUGAUGGCAUGCUACAGGGGUUUCUCCCCUCCCCACUGACCUUGACUGAUGCCAGUAAAAGGAAAUUGAUUAGGGCAGGGUUGGGCUUGCUCUGUCCUCCCCCCCCCCCCCAUCUCCUUCCUUUGUGGUACAGUCCACCUUAAUAGACCCUAGAGGGGGUUGAGGCUUUUUGUAGUAAUGUGUGGAACUGAGCCUACAUUCAGCUUGAGUGUGAUCUGAAAUUUCUGUAGCGGUGGGUUUGCUAAUUCUCUUGUGAAACUAAUCAUGUCCACACACACCAAGCCACCUGUACAUAAAGAACAUUGUACACAAGUCUUGCUAAAAAAAAUUAAAGCUUAUCUAUUCCUAGA